GAUACUAGCUUGGUAUCUGAGUUUGGGCGUUGCAGAUGUCCCUCAAUGCUCCUUUCUCCUCCCUCGUGGGCAACAGUGACAGCACUGGAGGCUCUUUAGAGAUAAAAUUAUUACAGCACCACUCAGCUUGGCGAUCCACCUUGUGAAUGCUUAAGCUGUUUUUGAAAGUGGCGAUCUUUAAACUGAUGGUAAUGAGCAGCAGCCAUGUUUAUACUUAGUGUUUAGUGUAUCAUUGUAUCUGGGUUUGUAUAUGAGAUGUACUUGUUCAUUGUACACCGAUGAUCCCUUUUAUCCCGAGUUUGUACUCUCUGCGUGACUUUUUAAAAAAAACCACGACCUCAAAUAUUUCAGCACCUUGUGCUCGAGUGCGCUCAUUGCUCUGAGAAUUCUAUAAAAUCCUCCUCUUUGCCUUCAAGGAGCUUACAAUUUACGUGGGUGAACUGGCAGCAAGGGUAGCAAAUAAUGGAGAUGCUAAGGAGGAGGGACAGAAUCCGCUCCCAGUUGGGGAGUCCGAGCUGGGGUCUGGUUGCAAGACUGACUUGUGAUUCCUGGUCGGAAUCUGAUAAUGUGGGUAAAGGGCUUCUCGUGGACGCGGAGACGCGAAUUCGUGGAGCAAACGCUUCCUCCGCUUUGGAGAAUGCAGCCAGGGGCCGGAGAGGCAGGUCUGCUUGAAGGUGACUUCCAGAGAAGCGCUUGAGCUGGGUGCGGAGGGACGGUCACGCGUCCUGGUCCGGGAGCCGCGAUGGAGGUUGAAAGGAUCGUUGACAAAAGGAAAAACAAAAAGGGGAAGACCGAGUACCUGGUGCGGUGGAAAGGCUAUGACAGCGAGGAUGACACAUGGGAGCCAGAGCAGCACCUGGUGAACUGCGAAGAGUAUAUCCACGACUUCAACCGGCGCCACACCGAGAAGCAGAAGGAGAGCACACUCACACGGACCACCAGGACCUCCCCCAACAAUGCCAGGAAGCAGAUUUCCAGGUCCACCAACAGCAGCUUCUCCAAGUCCUCCCCGAAGGCACUCGUGAUCAGCAAGGACCCUGAGUCCAAGAAUAGUGCACUGCUUGCGGCCAGCCAGAAGUUCAGGAGAAACACAGCCCCCUCCCUGUCCAGCCGGAAGAACAUGGACCUUGCCAAGACGGGGAUCAAGAUCCUUGUGCCUAAGAGCCCCAUUAAGAGUAGGACUGCAGUGGACGGCUUUCCGAGCGAGAGCCCUGAGAAACUGGACCCCGUUGAACAGGGUCCCGAGGACACGGUGGCACCAGAAGUGGCAGCAGAGAAGCCCGUGGGAGCUUUGUUGGGCCCUGGUGCAGAGCGAGCCAGGAUGGGGAGCAGGCCCCGAAUACACCCACUAGUGCCUCAGGUGCCAGGCCCGGUGACCGCAGCCAUGGCCACAGGCUUGGCCGUUAACGGAAAAGGUUCGUCUCCGUUCAUGGAUGCGCUCACGGCAAAUGGAACAACCAACAUACAGACGUCUGUUACAGGAGUGACAGCCGGGAAAAGGAAAUUUAUUGACGACAGAAGAGACCAGCCUUUUGACAAGCGGUUGCGUUUCAGUGUGAGGCAAACAGAGAGUGCCUACAGAUACAGAGAUAUUGUCGUCAGGAAGCAGGAUGGCUUCACCCACAUCUUGUUGUCCACAAAAUCAUCAGAGAAUAACUCACUAAAUCCAGAGGUCAUGAAAGAAGUCCAGAGUGCUCUGAACACGGCCGCGGCCGAUGACAGCAAGCUGGUGCUGCUCAGCGCAGUCGGCAGCGUCUUCUGCUGCGGUCUCGACUUUAUUUAUUUCAUACGGCGUCUCACAGAUGACCGGAAAAGAGAAAGCACUAAAAUGGCCGAGGCUAUCAGAAACUUCGUGAAUACUUUCAUUCAGUUUAAGAAGCCUAUUAUUGUAGCAGUAAAUGGCCCAGCCAUUGGACUAGGAGCAUCCAUAUUGCCUCUUUGUGAUGUGGUUUGGGCUAAUGAAAAGGCUUGGUUUCAAACACCCUAUGCUACCUUCGGACAGAGUCCAGAUGGCUGCUCUACCGUUAUGUUUCCCAAGAUUAUGGGAGGAGCUUCUGCAAAUGAGAUGUUGCUCAGCGGGCGGAAGCUGACAGCACAGGAGGCGUGUGGCAAGGGCCUGGUUUCCCAGGUGUUUUGGCCGGGGACCUUCACCCAGGAAGUCAUGGUUCGCAUCAAGGAGCUCGCCUCGUGCAAUCCAGUUGUGCUGGAGGAGUCCAAGGCCCUCGUGCGCUGUAACAUGAAGCUGGAGCUGGAGCAGGCCAACGAGAGGGAGUGUGAGGUGCUGAAGAAGAUCUGGGGCUCAGCCCAGGGCAUGGACUCCAUGUUGAAGUACUUGCAGAGGAAAAUUGACGAAUUCUGAUCGGCAGCCGUGUGUGGAGGACACCAGAGCUGGUCUGAGCAGGACAUCAGCGGCUCCCUGCCCGGUCAGUCCAUCCUCACGGCCUGAAACACGUUCACCCGUACGUAGCUCAUCCUUGGAAGCAGGAUGGGAAACAUCCAAACUAUUUAUUUCCAAGGAGUUUUCAAGUCCUAUACCUUUAAAAUAAAUAACUACAAAGCUC